CUAAGUUCUGGUCCUUAAGGCCUCUUUUUUAAGGAAGAACUUAAAGCCUUGUGAUUGGCUAAUUCAAGAUAAGGUAGUUAGUAGGAGUUAUUAGUUAAAAAGUUGUUAGGGGUAUUAAGGAGAAUACAAUUAAAUUAAAACAUGUCUAUUAUUUUCAAAAACCCUAAGCGACGGUUUAUUUUUGGUUUUCGUCGGGUCUGUUUAUUUUUCCGCUGUGGGUCUGUUCCAACUUUUCCCGGCGUCCCUGCUUCUCCGUCAAACACGAGUCCGUCGUCCCUGAAGCAAUCAUCUUGAAGACGCUCGUCCGGUCGAGUUUUCCGUCGACGCUGUUCGAGUUCUCCCUCUCUCUCGUCCGGUCGAGUUCGCCCUCUCUCUCCGUCGUCGCUGUUCGAGUUCUCCAUCUCUCUCGUCCGGUCGAGUUCGCCCUCUCUCUCGUCCGGUCGAGUUCUCCCUCUCUCUCGUUUCAACUCUCAGUCUCUCGUCGGCGGCCACGUGUUAAGGUAUUUUUUUGUCUUCGAUUUUUUUGGCCGCUAUUUUGAGGGUUUUUGGCGUUGCAUGUUGCAUGGGAUUAGGGUUUUGGCGAUGCAUGAGAUUAGGGUUUUGUCGUUGUAUAGGAGGAGUAGGGGUUGUACAAUGGUAGGUCCAUUUUUAAUUUAUUUGGUUUCUGUUAUUAAUAAUUUUGUGGACGUUUACAGAUUUUUUCUGUCGAUUGUCACUCGUUAUCAACCUUUUGGCAUCUAUUAUUAAUCAUUCCGUGGACAUUUGGAAACCGCAAUGUGUCUAUAUUAUUAAUUAAUACGUGCUUGUUUUCAACUUUUUUGUUCUAUAUUAUUAAUCAAUUUGUCAUGCAAGUCAAUGUGUUGUGUGUUCAUUGUUAAUCAAUCUGUGCACGUCAAAUUAAUUUCGAAUUUGGGAAAUAUUGUUCGUCGCGUCGAUGCAUGGGAUUAGUCGGUGCACAAUAGUAUUUAUUUUUAAUUUUUUUGUGUCCAUUAUUAAUCAAUUUCUGCUCAUUAUGAACCUUUUGUAUAUAUAUUAUUAAUCAUUCGGUGGGCGUUUACAAGCUGUUUUGGUCAACAUUGUUAAUCAAUAUGUUCUCGCUCUCAACCUUUUGCUUUUUAUGAUUAAUGAAUCUGUGCUGUUAUGUAAAUUAUUUAAUUGCAUUGGUAAUUUUUUUUUUGUAAUGUUCUUUGCCAACGUGAUAAUUUUGUGAACACCAUAAUCAAUUCUUGUCGUGUUAUGUUUUUUUAGUAUUGGUCGUUAUCAACACUACUAAGUUAUGUUCGUUAUUAACAUUUUCUUUUGUAUUGAUCGUUAUUAAAAAAUGGGUUAUUAAUCAUUUCGUGGACUUUCUUUAUAAUUUUUUACAGUGGUCCACAAUAUAAUAUGGCACGUACGAAGAAUACUUCGCUUAAGUCUGCACCGUUGAGUAAGCCUAUGAAGAAAAAGGCAGAUGCACCUAUAGCUGAUGACAAUCGCUUACCAAUCAGGUGCAGUGUGUCUCAGGUCCGCAAAAUCGUUAAGAAUAUUAGCCCAAGUCGUGCGGCUAUGCUUCGAAGUUAUGGGUUCGGCUUCGUUCUUAACUUGCAGAUGCGUAGUAUUGACCAGGAUUAUUUGCGCUUGGUAAAUAUUAAUUUUGAUAAUGAGUGAACGAACAACUAGCAUCUUUAAUUGAAUUUAUUUCCUGUUGUGUUUUCAACUUUAUCCUUAGUCAUUAUCCAUAAAUUUGUUUCAGUAUUAAUUGUGAGCACCUGUCCUUGUAACAUUUUGUAGGUCAGUCUAUGUCGUUCCAGAUGCCUGGCGGGGUACGUUUGUAUCUUACUGAGGAUGACGUCGAACGCGUGUAUGGCUUUCCAAAGGGUACCAAUAUUGUUGAUCUUGACAUCUUCGACCAGCGCAAUACAAAGGAAUGGGCGUUGGCUCUUGGCAUAUCCACAGUCGGCCCAAAUAUGAUUGACCUAAUGCAGUUGAAGAAUGACAUGAGGAACACAACCGAUGAUGAAUCUUGGGUGCAGAUUGUCAAGUUAUUAGAACACGAUUGUUAACGACCAUUGAUUAUCAGUGUUUUUAGAACACGAUUAUUAACUUUUUCUCCCAAUUCAUUAAUAUAAUUUCGAUGAUUUAUUAGAACACGAUUAGAAUUUUGAUGCGUUAGAUUAUCAGAAGUUUAUUUAACAGUGUUUCAUUAACGACCAUAGAUUAUCAAAUUAGUAGAACUCAAUUAUUAACUUUUUCCCCCAAUUCAUUAAUAUUUUUUAAACCUAUUGUCAAUUGUCGUCAACAUAAUUAUUAACUUACCCAUGUUGUCAAUAUUAAAAUCACGAAUGUCCAUGACAGGUAUAGCACUACCAUCAUUCGUCCGUUAACACAAUUAUUAACUCUAUUUACACUACAUAGAUUAUCAGAAGUUUAUUUAACAUUGUUUCAAUAACGACCAUAGCUUAUCAAAUUAGUAGAACACCAUUAUUAACUUUUUCCCCCAAUUCAUUAUUAUUUUUUAAACCUAUUGUCAAUUUUUUUGAUAGAAAACACAAUAAUUAAAACCUAUUGAUCCACUGUAAUUAUUAAUAGGCUAGAUAGAAAAUGUUAAUAACUCUAUUUACACUACAUAGUUAAUAACUGGUAUUAUUAAUUCUAUAUCAUAUCAUUAGUAAGAAAAUACAUCCCAUAUAUGACCACUACAGUAUUAUAAUAUUUAUCAAUUUUUAUUGGUAAUAUUAUCAAUAACAUAUUCAUCAUUAGUAAUAAUUAUGAAUAUUAUAACCUUCUUUAUCUAUCUUUUUCUAAAAAAUACGAUAGUCUUCGCAAAAACAAUAACUGACUACAAGUGCCACAUAAUAAUAAUAAUACUGUGUUCACCAAUAGAACUCUAUUUGGUGAACAACGCAUAGUCCAAACACCUCUACCAACCGAGUCCAACAAACAAUGUACUUCUACACUAAUGUUGGUUUUUUAGACACCUCAUGUAUGGUUAAACCUUCUGCUUCUUGGCAGCCUUCUUUUCCUUGUCCUUCUUUGUCUUAUUCAUUUCCUUCGCCCUCUUCUCCCUGGCAAUUGCUUGUUUACUCUUCAACCUUUUCCUCUUCCGGGUCAGAUCACAAGUUGACAUCACAAGAUACUUCAUUCAGAUCUGCAACGUUGACAAAUUAACAAAACUAUUACCUUUAAUUAUUAACAACUACCCACUUCAUUAUUAAUCUUUAUUCUCCGAUUAUUAAAUAAACAAUUACAAGGUACCUCAUUCAGAUCUGCAACCUUGAAAAAUUAACAAAACUAUUACCUUUAAUUAUUAACAAAACUAUUAAAACAACGAACAUUUUUACGUACAAAGUGGAUUAUUAAUUUAAACACUUCGAUUAUUAAUAAAUUGGUAUUAUCAGUUAACAAGUAUUAUUAAUAAAUUGGUAUUAUCGGUUAAUACUCGUUUAUGAAGAUAUUGAUAAUAUGUUUAAAAAUAGUAAUGACCUGAUUACAUGCAACGUUGAUUAUUAAUUAAAACACCACAAAUAUUAACAGUUAACGAAGGCAUUAUUAUUAAUCCCACACCAAGUUAUUAACUUAAAUUGUUAACAACUCUGGUAAGUAUUAUUCAAAAUUGGUAUUAUCGGUUAAUACUCGUUUAUGAAGAUAUUGAUAAUAUGUUUAAAAAUAGUAAUGACCUGAUUACAUGCAACGUUGAUUAUUAAUUAAAACACCACAAAUAUGAACAGUCAACGAAGGCAUUAUUAUUAAUCCCACACCAAGUUAUUAACUUAAAUUGUUAACAACACUGGUCUGUUUUAUUAAUAAAUUGGUAUUAUCGGUUAAUACUCAUUUAUGAAGAUAUUGAUAAUAUGUUUAAAAAUAGUAAUGACCUGAUUACAUGCAACGUUGAUUAUUAAUUAAAACACCACAAAUAUUAACAGUUAACGAAGGCAUUAUUAUUAAUCUCACACCAAGUUAUUAACUUAAAUUGUUAACAACUCUGGUCUGUUUUAUUAAUAAAUUGGUAUUAUCGGU